AGCGGAGUGAGUGUGUGUGUGUGUGUGUGUGUAGUGAACCCCCCCGCCGCCUCGCAGGCAGUUGGUACGGUCGGGCGGGCGCUCGCGCUGGAGGCGGGCGGCAGUGUUCGGGGCGGGCGGUGCACUGACUGCCCCCGCCGGCGCUGAGAGAGAGAGAGAGAGAGAGAGGGAGCGGAGCUGCUGAGUGAGCGCAGCCGGGCUCAGCGCUGUUUCUCCCGGGAGCAGCUGGGGCUCACACCGCCGCCGCAGCAGCGCGCUCAGACAUGACUCCUGCGCCCGCUGCGCGCCCUGCCUAGAGGAUUACAGCUCCGUCAGCCGCCUGUGUGAGUGAGUGAGUGAGUGAGUGUGUGAGUGAGAGUAAGUUUAUCAGGCGGUGAGAGCGGCAGUGUGAGCGGAUCCGCACCAUGAAGCGCCUCCAGCACCUCAGCCUGCUCGCGCUCUGCCUCUGCGCGACCUGUGUGUGUGGCAGCACGGACUGUUCCUGUGGGAAGAAUCACUUCACUUGUGCGGUGAGUGUGUUUGGCGAGUGCACCUGCAUCCCAGCACAGUGGCAGUGUGAUGGAGAUAACGACUGCGGAGACCACAGUGACGAGGACGGCUGCAUGCUGCCCACUUGCUCUCCUCUGGACUUCCACUGUGAUAACGGGAAGUGUAUCCGCCGCUCGUGGGUGUGUGACGGAGACAACGACUGCGAGGACGAUUCGGAUGAGCAGGACUGCCCUCCUCGGGAGUGUGAAGAAGACGAGUUUCACUGUCAGAAUGGUUACUGCAUCCGCAGCCUGUGGCACUGUGAUGGAGACAAUGACUGUGGAGACAACAGCGAUGAACAGUGUGACUUGAGGAAGUGUUCUGAUAAGGAAUUCCGCUGCUCUGAUGGGAGCUGUAUAGCUGAGCACUGGUACUGCGACGGAGACACGGACUGUAAAGACGGAACGGAUGAAGAGAACUGCCCCACAGACGUCAUGGCUGCUACGUGCAGCGUGGAAGAGUUCCAGUGUGCAUACGGCCGCUGCAUUCUGGACAUUUACCACUGCGAUGGAGACGAUGACUGCGGAGACUGGUCCGACGAAUCAGACUGCUCCUCUCACCAGCCGUGUCGUUCGGCUGAGUUCAUGUGUAACAGUGGGAUGUGCAUCAACGGUGGAUGGAGGUGUGAUGGAGAGUUUGACUGUGACGACCAAUCAGACGAGAACAACUGCACUGUACCUGUGUGUAUGGCUGAACAGUUCCGUUGUGCGUCCGGUCGUUGUGUGCGGUUGUCAUGGAGAUGUGAUGGUGAGGAUGACUGCACUGAUGGCAGUGAUGAAGAGGGCUGUGACAAAAAUGUAGGUUCACUUCCUUCCUGUGCGUCUGAUCAGUUCCAGUGUGGGAACGGCCGCUGCAUCGGCCAGCGCAAAGUGUGUAACGACCUCAACGACUGUGGAGACGGAACAGAUGAACAUCCGCACCAGGAAUGCCGGCCUCGAUCGACUGACGGGAACUGUAACCUUGGGAACGGCGGCUGCUUUCAGAAAUGUCAGAUGUCUCGAGGUUUGGUUCAGUGUAGCUGUCACACCGGGUACAGACUGAGGGAGGACGGCAAGACCUGCCAAGAUGUGGAUGAGUGUGCUGAGGAGGGUUACUGCAGUCAGGGCUGUACCAACACAGAGGGGGGCUUCCAGUGCUGGUGCGUUCAGGGUUACGAGCUCAGACCCGACAAACGCAGUUGCAAAGCGCUGGGUCCGGAGCCGGUGUUGUUGUUUGCGAAUCGGAUUGAUAUCCGUCAGGUUCUGCCGCACCGAUCAGAGUACACGCUGCUGCUGAAUAAUCUGGAGAAUGCCAUCGCGCUCGACUUUCACCACAGCAGGGAGCUGGUGUUCUGGUCCGACGUCACGCUCGACCGCAUCAUGAAAGCCAACCUGAAUGGCAGCAAUGUGGAGGAGGUCGUGUCCACCGGGCUCGAGAGUCCAGGUGGUCUGGCAAUAGACUGGAUCCAUGAUAAGCUCUACUGGACUGACUCGGGGACGUCACGCAUCGAGGUAGCCAACCUCGACGGCUCACACCGUAAAGUGCUGAUUUGGGAGAGUAUGGAGAAACCCCGCGCUAUCGCCCUGCACCCCAUCGAAGGGAAGAUUUACUGGACAGACUGGGGAAACACUCCGAGGAUCGAGUACGCCAACAUGGACGGGUCAGGACGCAGGAUCAUCGCCGAUACCAACCUGUUCUGGCCAAACGGACUCACCAUCGACUACGCCGGCCAUCGCAUGUACUGGGUGGACGCCAAGCACCACGUGAUCGAGAGAGCUGAUCUGGACGGGAAAAACCGCAAAGCCGUCAUCAGUCAGGGUCUCCCGCACCCGUUUGCCAUCACGGUGUUCGAGGACAGUCUGUACUGGACCGACUGGCACACCAAGAGCAUCAACAGCGCCAAUAAAUUCACGGGAAAGAACCAGGAGAUCAUCCGCAACAAACUGCACUUCCCCAUGGACAUCCACACGCUGCACCCGCAGAGACAGCCCGCAGGUGGACGUAAUCGCUGCGGCUCUAAUAACGGUGGCUGUAGUCACCUGUGUCUCCCCAACAGCAAGGCCUACACGUGCGCCUGUCCCACUGGCUUCAGGAAAGUGGACCAGUACAGCUGUGCCCUGAGUCUUGACAAGUUCCUGCUUUUUGCCCGAAGGACGGACAUCCGUCGGAUCAGCUUCGACACCGAGGACAAAUCGGACGACGUUGUCCCUCUGGCGGACGUUCGGAACGCCGUGGCGCUCGACUGGGAUGCCAAAGAUGGAAAAAUAUACUGGACCGACGUCACCACAGAUUCCGUCGUCCGCGCGCUGUGGAACGGAUCAGAACAGGAAGUUGUAGUGGACACCAGUCUGGAAAGCCCUGCAGGUCUCGCUAUUGACUGGCUCACACACAAACUCUACUGGACUGAUGCAGGUACCGAUCGCAUCGAGGUGUCCAACACGGACGGCAGCAUGCGCACCGUGCUCAUCUGGGAAAACCUGGAUCGCCCUCGAGACAUCGUGGUGGAUCCUAUCGGAGGAUUCAUGUACUGGACAGAUUGGGGAGCGAACCCGAAGAUCGAGCGAGCCGGAAUGGAUGCGUCCAAUCGCAUCGUUAUCAUCUCUACCAAUCUAACGUGGCCCAAUGGAUUAGCGAUCGAUUACGAGACUCAGCGGCUUUACUGGGCCGACGCCGGCAUGAAGACCAUCGAGUUCGGCAACUUCGACGGCUCGGACAGACAGGUGCUGAUUGGCAGUCAGCUGCCCCAUCCGUUUGGCCUCACACUGCACGAAGACAAGAUCUACUGGACAGACUGGCAGUCCAAGAGCAUCGAAAGUGCUGACAAACUGACCGGUUUGGGACGAAGCACAUUAGCGGACAAUCUGGAGAACCUCAUGGACAUCCACAUGUUCCACAGACACCGAGAAGCAGUCCAGACCGCGUGCGCGGUGAAUAAUGGCGGCUGUAGUCAUCUGUGUUUACUGGCUCCUGAAGGCUCCAGCUGUGCCUGUCCUACUGGAAUAAACCUACAGGUGGACGGAAAAACCUGCACUCCAGGAAUGAACAGUUUCCUAAUCUUCGCACGGAGGACAGACAUCCGGAUGGUUUCUCUUGACAUCCCGUAUUUUGCUGACGUGGUUUUGGCUGUUAACGGGUCCAUGAAGAACACCAUCGCCAUCGGCGUGGAUCCCAGAGAGGGUAAAGUGUAUUGGUCAGACAGCACUCUGAAGAAGAUCAGCAGAGCCAACAUGAACGGCUCAGGACACGAGGACGUCAUUUCCACCGGUUUGGUGACGACCGAUGGUCUUGCUGUCGACUCAGUCGGAAGGAAAAUCUACUGGACGGACACGGGAACGAACCGCAUAGAAGUGGCCAAUCUGAACGGCUCCAUGCGGAAAGUUCUGGUGUGGAGAAACCUGGACAGCCCUCGUGCCAUCGCUCUGUACCAUGAAAUGGGCUACAUGUACUGGACAGACUGGGGUGAACAUGCCAAGCUGGAGCGAGCGGCGAUGGACGGGUCCGGCCGCGUGGUUCUGAUCAAUAAUAAUCUGGGCUGGCCAAACGGACUCGCCAUAGACAAGGCUGGGUCACAGCUACUCUGGGCCGACGCCCACACAGAGCGAAUCGAAGCAGCGGAUCUGAAUGGGUCGAACCGCAGGACGCUGGUUUCUCCGGUUCAGCACCCGUACGGCCUUACGCUGCUCGGGCCGCACAUCUACUGGACCGACUGGCAGAGUCGCAGCAUCCAGAGAGCUGACAAGAACACAGGAGACAACAUCAUCACCGUCCGCUCCAACCUGCCCGGACUCAUGGACAUCCAGGCCAUGGAGAGGGACAGGCCUCUGGGCUUUAAUCGUUGUGGUCGGAAUAACGGCGGCUGUACCCACCUGUGUCUGCCACGUCCGAACGGCACGUCGUGCGCUUGUCCUACAGGCGUUGUACUGAAGAGUGAUGGCAGGUCAUGUGACGACAUUCCUGAGUCUUACCUGCUCUUCUCAAACCGCGUCAGCGUGCGGCGUAUCUCCCUGGACACCAGCGACCACACAGACGUCCACGUCCCCGUCCCUGAGCUGCACAACGUCAUCUCGCUCGACUAUGACAGCGUCCAGGGCAAACUGUACUACACCGACGUCUCCCUGGAUGUCAUUAGACGGGUGAAUCUGGACGGGAGCGGGAUGGAGACGGUGAUCAGUCAGGGUCUGAAGACUACAGACGGACUUGCCGUCGACUGGGUGGCCAGAAACAUGUACUGGACCGACACGGGUCGAAACACCAUUGAGGUUUCCAGACUGGACGGAUCAGCACGGAAAAUCCUGAUCAACAACAGCCUGGAUGAGCCGAGAGCCAUCGCCGUGUUCCCCAGUAAAGGGUAUUUGUUCUGGACAGACUGGGGUCAUAUCGCUAAAAUCGAGCGCGCUAAUCUGGACGGUUCCGACCGCAAAGUUCUGAUCAACACGGACCUCGGGUGGCCGAACGGACUCACGCUCGAUUACGACACGCGCAGGAUCUUCUGGGUGGACGCCCACCUGGAUCGCAUCGAAAGUUCGGACCUGAGUGGCAAACUGCGCCAAGUUCUCGUCACGCCUGUAUCACAUCCGUUUGCUCUCACUCAGCUGAAGCCGGUUUCCUCCCCUCUAAUUCGUUUCUCCCGCAUCUCGCAGCAAGACCGCUGGAUCUACUGGACAGAUUGGCAAACCAAGUCAAUCCAGAGAGUGGACAAACACACGGGCCGCAACAAAGAGACCGUCCUUGCUAACGUCGAGGGGUUAAUGGACAUUAUAGUGGUGGCACCCAACCGGCAGUCUGGCACUAAUCACUGUGGGGUGAAUAACGGAGGCUGUACACACCUGUGCUUCGCCAAGUCAAAUGGGUUUGUGUGCGCGUGUCCUGAUGAGCCUGACGAGCGGCCGUGCUCCACCAUUGCUGGUUUUGUUCCUGUCGUGCCAGACAAAGUGACCGCCGGCACUCAAGCUCCGAACAGACGAGUAAAACUGCCGACAGACAGACCACAGCAGGGCCGACCUGCACAGAACUGCACAGAGAAGAGCGGCGCUGUGGACGGCUGUGUUCAGAGCAACGUGGUGUCUGCGCCUCACGGUGAAGGCCUUCACAUCAGCUAUGUGAUUGGAGGAGCGCUGACGGUGCUGGCCAUCCUCAUCCUCAUCGCCGUCUUCAUCAUUUACAGGCACAAAAAGUCCAAGUUUGCUGAUCCUGGAGUGAGCAACCUAACGUACAGUAAUCCUUCCUACCGAACCUCAACACAGGAAGUGAAAAUAGAAACGGUGCAGAAACCACCGAUAUACAACCAGCUACGAUAUAAAAAAGAGCAGGAGAGUAGUUAUACCAACGAGAAGAUCCGUAUCGUGGAGGGGGUGUGUCUGCUCUCAGGGGAGGAGCUUUACUGGGAGGAUCUGAAGCAGCUGAAAGUGUGUCGAGGAGGCACCUUUAAAACCUGCAUGCGCACCGACACGGUGUCCUUACAGGCGAGCUCCGCCUCCCUUCAGGCAAGCUCCGCCUCCUUAGAUGACACCGAGACCGAACAGCUGCUUCAGGGUGACCAAUCAGAAUGCUCGAGUCUGAACACUGCUCCCGUGGUCACGCCCAAACGCCACAGCAUGCUCCCGGACACGGGCUGGGUCCCAAAUCGCAAACCCUCCACUGAGAGCGAAGUGUGAAGCUCAGUCACACACACACACACACACACACACACACACACACACACACACACUGCACUGGCUCACCAUCCAGUAUCUUCAGUGGACGAACAAUGCUACUAUUACAUCGUAUAUUGUUUGUUUGUUUUCAGAGAAAUACGAUCAGACCCGGCGCAAAAGAACAACAGACAAUUUAAGAAACACUAAAAUAUUGAUCUAUCAGUAUCCUGGGCACUGUUGUUGUUGUUGUUGUUGUUGUUGUUUUAAAAACAGAUUAUUGUGUGUAAAAUUAGUUGUUUUUUUUCCUGAUUCGAUGGUAACCACCAGACGGUUUUUAACAGGAGGCUCCGCCCCUUGCCCGGCCCCCUUCAUCACUCAUCUUUCCUUUAUGGACUUUAUUUCUCUGGAAAUCUUUCCUCAGUAUAAAGUGCUGAAACUGCUCAAGGCCUCACCGGACUCGGAUGGCUGACGGCGCGGCGCACACGUCCAGAGCUCCGUCGCGGCUCUUUCUCAGCCUCGUGACAGAUAAACAGCCUCAUGAUGGAAACACGCCUUCCGUUCCUCACCGUCUGUCUCUCAGCUCCAACGUUUUACUCCCUUCUUCUCCUUCUUUUGUAAAUGUAGACAGUAUCGGCAUCAUGUACUUGAUUGACAGCUCAGUCAGAAAUCACACACGCCCCUUUUCCACCAAAGCAGUUCCAGGGCUGGUUCGGGGCCAGUGCUUAGUUUGGAACCGGGUUUUCUGUUUCCACUGACAAAGAACUGGCUCUGGGCCAGAAAAACCGGUUCCAGGCUAGCACCAACUCUCUGCUGGGCCAGAGGAAAGAACCGCUUACGUCAGCGGGGGUCGGAGUUGUUAAGACCAACAACAAUAACAAGACGGCGAAAGAUCGCCAUUUUUAAGCGACGAGAAGUCAUCCAUUAUUAUUAUUAUUAUUGUUGUUGCUGCUGCUGCUUCUUCCGUGUUGUUUUCGCUUCGAUAUUCGUGCCAAGGUUUAUGCAAACGUAGCGACGUAACUGACGUAUACAGCGACGUAAUGACGUGGCUUCCCUUAGCACCGCGAGCUAUGGAAAAGCAAACUGGUUCUCAGCUGGCUCGCAAGUUGAACGAGUUGUGAACCAGCACCGGCACUGGCCCUGAACCAGCCCUGGAACUGAUUUGGUGGAAAAGAGGAAACAUGCACGCACACACGCGUUCCUCUUCACCCAAAUGUAGCUGUUCAGUCCAGACGCUGAGUGGUUUUUGCUUCUUUGCCGUUUUUUCCACAUCACAACGGAACAAAACUUCUAUCCUGAGAUCGUGUAGCAUACAACCACGACAGCGGUUCGAGUUGUGAUUUACCAUCUCACUGAAAAUAAGAAAGCAAACGAAAAAAGCAAAAGUAUUGGUACUCUUACCCCGUAGUCCUGAAUGUGAUUCCUGACCCGCUCCUCUCUCUCUCUCUCUCUCUCUCUCUCUCUCUCAUCUCCUAACCGGAUUGGACUCGUUCAGGGCAGCGUCAGAACGCGCCGGUGUUUUUCUCCUCCUGUGUUCUUGCGUGCGUUUUGCUGAUGUUUAUCCUGCUGAAGGCCCAUGGCCUGUUUCUGACACUGAGCUUCAGAACGCCUUGAUAAAUCUUCUGACUUCCCGGCGAUCUUCGAGCCUUCACGCUGUUCUUCCUCCCCCCUCAGACCCUUCUCUGAUUUUCCUUCUGUUUGCCCGUUCAGCAGCGAGAAGCGGAACUCCAUCCAUUCCAGCUGGCUGCCUGACUCGUUCUAAGCUUAAUAACGAUUGUGCUAGUCAUGUCGAUCUGAACAGUCUGCGCAAACUAUCACCACAGGUCAGGUUUUAUUUCUUACAACUUUUCAAAGGGUACCAAUAAUUUUAUCCGGUGAAAACCAAAGAGAAAAUUUUUUCUUGACACAAAAUCAAGCAGAGGGGUGCCAAUAUUUUUCGGCCACGUCUGUGUUUCCUCUUGUAUCAGUCGCAAACAGAUUCAUUCAUCCAGCAUGCAUGCCUGUUAUCAGAAGAAAAUAGAAAUAACUCCGUAAUGACUUCCUUAGCUGUUUUUUUUUUUCUGCUCCCCGGGUCGUCCUGGGUGUUUGGCGUAAGAGCUCGUUUUUAACCAAACUGUUCCUUAAUCCACGGAGUCUUUUACCACAACUAAAUCAUCACGACGCGCCUCGAUCAUGAAACUGUUUUAAGUAUCGCGAUAUGAUGUUUUAAGCGUAUCGCUCAGCCCAUAUUCAGAAGACUGAAUUCCUCACAAGGCGAAAGCGUUUUUAAAAAAAAAUAACCGUAUGAAUGAAGUGGAAGUGCCAAAUGGUGUGAUGUUUUCUUCACUGCAUACUGUAUUUAUAUUUCUGGAGGUGUGUCUGGAUUUUUUUGCCUUUUUUUUUCUUCACAUUUUUGAGUCAGUCCAUGGUCGAAAACCUCUUGAUUUCAGUGAAUGGACACACACACACACACACACACACACACACACACACACACACACAGAGCGCUAUAGAUCAGUUAACUUCUCAAGUUUCAGCACAAUGCUGAUUUGCUGCUAACACACACACACACACACACACACAGGGCAUGUGUCGAUAAUUGGUGUUCCAGUAUAUUUAUCAUAUCGUACCGUACGAUAUCCACAGUAUUUCAGUAUAAACAAUUCGACUUGCUGCCCCAGCGUGCUUUACUCAGGGCAGGCGGUGUGGACCGGCGACGCCUUAAGGGGCAGUGGUGUGAGGAACACGCAGGAACAGAGCGGCAGUGAUGUAAUGACCAGAGAAAUUUGGCGACCUGUAGCAAAGACGUGUGAAAUAACCGCUGGCCAUGCAAGUGAAACUAAUCAGAACUUUGAGGCGACGACCAGCGGGACUGAAGGAUACCACUGACCAACCAAUAAAUAUACAAGAGGGUUACCGACGCAACCAGAGCCUGGACUGUCCCCAAGCAACCAACUGCCAGUUACAGUAAAGUGUCAGCAAGGUUUCUGUCUGCCUGUGAACUGCGGUGAUGACGUCACCACGGUUCACUCAGCGCGACGGUGAUGAUGUGUCUAAAUCGGCUGAUGUUCUUCUCACGGUUACAUUUAGCUCGAGAACGAGCAGGAAUCACCUGUCCGUUUGCUUCUUGCUCCAUGAGCUGCCUCAGAGUCUGAGCAGUGACUUGAUUAGCGGUUCAGCUUGCGGAGGUGUGUGUGAGACUGCUGGAAUAAACAUCAAGAAAAAUCCCAAAUCAGACGAAGGCCUUUGUUAGGAACACAAUCAGAACAGGCAGUCAUGGAAACUUCAGUUCAGAAUUUUUCUUUAAAAAAAAAAAAGUGAAGAGUUAAUAUCGGCACAUGCCUGCCACACACGCUAGGGUGCAUCCGUCGCCCUCACUUUCAUAAAACCUGAUGCGUUUUUGUUCGGGUGUUCCUUUUCACCAGUAAAGACAUCCUGUAGAAUUUUUGGGCCAUAUUCAAAAGUCUAAUGGUGGCACCAUGAGGUUCAUUUUUUGCCAAAAAACACUUAAGGCCCCGGUCACACCGCCCGAACUUUGCUGGCGCGUUCCUUGAACGGUAGGGAGGGGGGGCCGAAUUUCGACAACGCUUGUCACCGCGCACAAAAUGGGAAAAAAAAUCGAAAACACUGGCGUUUGCUUAGCGGUGCACCACUGAAGCCGGCGUUGGUUUAGCGGUAGCGAGCGUUGGUUUAGCGGUGACGCGAGCAUUGGUACAGCGGCGUUCUGCGCAUGUGGGCUUUGGCUCGGUGGGGGUAUAAAGUUGGUUUAGCACCAAUCAUAGCAAGUCUCUCAGCAUCCAUGGUGAUACAGUUUUACUGUAACUUUGAGCAAAUUCGAUAUAGAUGAGGUCUGAACUCAACGGCAGCUCGAUUCCAAAUGAGCUCCUGGUCCAUUUCUCCCCGUAUUUAUAGCCAAAUUCUGGUCCCGCUCCGACACCUCUAUACCAACGCCAAACCAAAGUUCAUCGCCGCCAUGGAUAGCUGCUUCAACGCCCGACACCGUUCCAGCAACCCCGUGUCCGCUCGUAAAACGCUUACAACCGCUCCACCGAAGUUUGUGCAACGUUUAAUCGCCGCCCGGGCAACGCUGGCGAAGCAGCGGUGGUCCAGCGUUCAAGAUUUCUGCGUUGGCCUAGCGGACCCAAGCGUCCACGAACUUGCGUCUAGCGGUGCCAAACUUUGACUGGGUGUUGGUGGAGCGGGGGUGAACUUUGCCGGGGCGGAAAAUUGCCCCCUCCUCGCCGCUCGCAAUAUUUUGUGCAGCUCAAAACUUUCGGAGCGGUAGGAGGGCCCCUCGAGAAACAUCAGUGGUGGCCGAGCGUAUACGGCGUUGCUUUAACGGGGGCCAACUUUUGUUAAACGGUGGUGAACGGUUACGAGCGGUGAUGAAUUUUUUUCACCGCUCCAGCAAAGUUUGGGCGGUGUGACCGGGGCCUAAUGUUUUCGCGUAAGGUUUGAAUCACAAUGUUGGACUCCGUUUAUUGAUUUCUUGUGACCCAGAGAUCGUGUUAAGAACCUUUGCAAGGGAUUGAGAAGCAUUAAUGUGAUAUAUCUGAUGAUCAUCUGCUCUCAGCACCAGUGUCACAGUGGGAUGGCUUGGCAUCUUAGCAGAGGAUAAAGGCAACACUCUCAAACUUCAUUGUGACAAAUGAUGUGGCAGCGCGUGGCGUUAAACUAACCCAGGAGAAAGUUGGUUCUGCCACAGUAGAAGAAAGAUUCCAGAACAUUGUGCAAGUUGUAUCUUCAGUUGUCUUCAAAACAGGUAAUCCAGCAGCAUUAUAACGUUAAUAGGGGCUCGCAUACCGUAUGCAUAGGCGGCAAGCUUAAAACCAGGCUUACAGCAUUGAUAGAUAAUGCUAGUGACACCCUAAAAUAAACCUCCAAAUAUUUUUAGACAUACUGUCUACAGUAUCUAAGAUAUUUGGUAUACUCUAUAAGGUGCCAUAAUGUUUCAUGAAAAGUGAUUGAAAUUUUGUCAUAAAAGUUGUAAAAUAGCAGCUUUUUCCAUAACUUUGAGCUCCUGGUGCCGCCAUUAAACUUUAGAAUUGUGUCAAAAUAUUUCACCCAGUGUGUUUUCUCACCAAAAGGAGCAUAAAAACAAAAAUGCAUCAUGAUCGGAGGAACUUUUCAUUUUUAGGGGGCAACUGAUGCACCCUAACACACACACACACACACACACACACACACACAGCGAGGCCAAUAAUCCGGCCAGAUGGACUCGGCAGCUACUUCAGCCUCCGCUCUCGGCUUUCUCUAACACGUCCAUGUAACCCGCUUCCUGUUUGACCGACAGAUUUCAAGAUGACUGACGCAAAACCAGUUGUACAGAGUUUAAACUGCAGAGAUGCAUUUCUGUCUGUUAAAAUAAGUUUUAUUGUUGUUGUAUAGUUCCUUUUUUGUACAAAGGGAUUUUUUUCUUUUUUCUUUUUUUUUUUUACUCGUGUUAAAGGGAUUGUGAGCAUUUUUCUAAUUUAUUCACACAAAGUCAGACGGAUUCAGCUUCGUUUUAUGUUUUAUUUUCUUCUCUGUGUCCAGGUUUAAUAGCAUCAAUAAUAAUAAUAAUAAUAAUGUUUUAUAUUUUAGAGAUGGUGUUAAGUGUUUUAGCAGCUCUGCUUGUCUUCAUUAAUCCAUUUUCAUAAACUUUUAAAAAAAAUACUAAAUUAGCUAUGAGUUCCGCGCAGCAAAACUCAGAAGUGUCCAGCAUGUCACUGACCUCACAGCUCUUCAUGUACUCGCUUCAAAUCAUGGCAGUUUUAAAUAAGUGAUUUUUGUACGGUAAAAUAGCUGUUAUAACAGAGUUAUUACUGUACUCUAUUGGGGUUUAUAAAAACGAACCACGAAGGCAGUUUGUGACGGCUAUUUAAACCAAAAACUCGGGUACGUUUUUGUUUAAAAAUGAACAUUAUGACUGGUUCUGUGAUGAUUUGAUGCACGAGCUGUAGGAAAGCUGUGUUUAUCAGGAUUUUAAAUCCCGUGAGCUGUUUCUAAACACGGACUGAACAGCAGCUUCUGCACUCGGAGAAGAAAUAAAACGGUGAAUCGCUCCUCCUGACUUUGUGAAAGCAGAUUUAAAAAAAAAAAACAUUUAAUUGCCAGAACGCUCGACAGUCCCUUUAUCUUGACUCACUGGAAAGGAUUUAAUGAACCACUUUCUCUCUUUGUUUUUUUUUAUUGUCCACGCCAUGUUGAUGAUGUGCCAGUUAUUUAACAGAGUGCUCUUUUAUGUCUCAGAAAGAUCAGUACACAUGUAACUGUUGUAAAGUUAAUUAAGAGAUAUUUAUAAUUCCUUUGUUUGGAUGUCACUUGGAUGUAAAUAUGAAAAAUCUGUAUAUGAAUUUUCUGCUUUGCGAUACUAACAAGCCGUGUUGCGUGACCGUGAAUUACUUCUUUCCUAUCUUUUAAUAUAAAACUGCAUUUGCAUUUGAAUAGAAA